GAAAAUUUAAAUGUUUUGAUUUUUAUAAAUAAAUUGAUAAUUUUUAAAGAUUAUUUAAGGAAGUUAUGCAGGGAAAUGUAGAUUGCAAAUUCACAAAAACCAGGCGAUAAUCAAAAAUUGAACAGCAUUCAGAUGUCGUAAAAUUUCCAUCACCAUAACGGCAACGUCAAUCUUAUCAAUUUGACAGCACCGGUUAAAACAUCAAUUGUUUACGUGCCGACUUUGGUCUGCAUUUGUAUUGUUUUCGCGCUAAAACUUAUGAAAUCCGAAUAAGCAAAAGUAAAGAGACUAUGACGACUCCUCCUAAAUUUACGGGCACUGGCCUUGAGGACGUCAACAUACCUGGACAGGCGUACCUUCGUGAGGCGCUGACAUCGUGCACGGAUCCUCUCAAGGCUAUUGAAGGAUUUCAGCUGGAAAAUGGAAUCCUUUUACCAUCACUUCGCCCGAUGCUUCCUCUGCUGGACCUACACGGCGUCAGGAGGCUAGACUUCCACACUUCGGUCCUGGAGGAACUGCGCGACAAACUUAUUGCGCACAUCAAUGAGCUGGGCAGUAAGGAGGGCAAAGAGCGGGACAAGAAGCUCAAGGAACUGCUCAUAAAGAGCUUCCCCGUUGUACGUGUGAAAGCACUACGUCCCGUGGUAAUGGCUAUUUUGCGCAACACAACUCACAUUGAUGAUAAAUAUUUACGGAUUUUGGUGCGCGACAAGGAACUCUAUUCCGAUACCGACACCGAAGUGAAGCGGCAGAUUUGGCGGGACAACCAGUCACUUUUUGGCGAUGAAGUCUCUCCACUACUUUCGCAGUAUAUUCGCGAGAAGGAGCACAUCCUGUUUGACCACACGAAUCUGAACAAUCUUUUCUUCUCGCCGUCGCCAAAGGUACGCCGACAAGGAGAGGUCGUACAAAAAUUGGCGCACAUGAUCGGCACAAGCGUGAAGCUCUACGACAUGGUCUUGCAGUUUCUCAGGACCUUAUUCCUUCGAACUCGUAAUGUUCAUUAUUGCACUUUGCGAGCGGAACUUCUAAUGGCGCUUCACGAUCUCGAGGUUCAAGAAAUCAUUUCCGUUGAUCCCUGUCACAAGUUCACAUGGUGUCUGGAUGCCUGUAUUCGAGAGAAAAAUGUCGAUAUUAAACGUUCCAGGGAAUUGCAAGGCUUCCUGGAUAACAUCAAAAGGGGACAGGAGCAGGUUCUUGGAGAUUUGUCUAUGACUCUCUGCGACCCAUAUGCAAUCAACUUCCUUGCAACGUCAGCCAUUAAAAUCCUCCAAUAUCUCAUCAACAACGAAGGUCUUCCCCGUGACAACACAAUUUUGAUUCUUCUGCUAAGAAUGCUGGCACUUGGCCUGAGCGCUUGGGUCAUGAUCGACUCACAGGACUUCAAGGAACCCAAGCUUGACAGCCAAGUCGUUACGAAAUUUCUCCCGGCUCUCAUGUCCCUAAUGGUUGAUGACCAGUGCCGAAGUUUGCACACAAAACUGCCGCCUGACGAACGUGAAAGCGCACUCACGACCAUCGAGCAUUCGGGUCCAGCACCCGAUGCAGUGGAAGCGUACAUUCAAGAAAGCGCCGUGGCCAGUAUCUUGGCCAUGUAUUACACAUUGCACACAGCUCGUCAGAAAGAUCGAGUGGGAAUUUUGAGAGUUCUGGCUAUUUUGGCGUCGUGUAAGGAAGAUCGGGCUUAUGAGGACCCAUUCUUGCACUCAUUGAUUGCCCUACUCAUUCCAAUGUCAGAAGAAUUUUCCACGGAGGACUUUUGCACGACGUUGUUCGAUGAGUUUCUGUUUGCAGGGCUGACACGCGACAACGUGACAAGACACAUGUUGAAAUUACUUUGGUACGUGCAUAGUAAGCUGCCGCCAAACCGCUUGGCAUCAUUGCUCAAAGCAAUGCAGCCAACAGCUCAGCACCAUGAAAACGUGCAUAAACUGUACGAGUCACUUCAGGAGAGGAUUGGAACGGCCUUGCAGGAAGUACAGGCAGUGGAGCCAAUGGAAAUCGAUUACGAUUCGCCACUGAAGAGUGUUCCCACGCCUGGACCGCAUUAUUUACAAUAGGGCCGGUCUCCAGUUUCAUAUUUCGAAGUCAGAUUUGUUAUUUUAAGUCAGAAAUAUAAAGUGAUUUUAAAACA